AUGAGCAGUCAGUUGCUUGCAAACAUUACCUCAAGGACUAAGUAAGGUGUAAAGCAAACGACCAUUCAUUGAUUGGCAGCAUGAGGUCAAUUGGAUUAGUCUUGGCCAUUUUGGCCCUUUCCAACAUCAUUCAAGACGGCUUAACAGUCAAACAGUCGGACAAACUGGUGGUCUGCUACUUUACUAGCUGGGCCCAUUACAGGGAGGACCCAGGUCAUUUUGAUGUAGCUUGGGUUGACCCCACCUUGUGCUCCCAUGGGAUCUACGCCUAUGCUGAUAUCGACACUGCCACGUGGUCCUUGAUGCCUGUGGAUCCCUGGUAUGAUCUGGGACCCAUGGAUUGUGGUCCUGGCGAGUGCAACUUUGACUCUUACCGACGAUUCACGGCCUUGGCCUCGGAAACGUUCACCCCCAUGCUUUCUGUUGGUGGAUAUAAUGAAGGUCCUGACAAGUUCUCGGAUAUGGCCAAGGACCCAGUCAAACGACAGGCUUUCAUUGACAGCUCCGUGGACUACCUUCAGCGUUAUGGGUUCCAGGGUUUGGAUAUUGACUGGGAGUUCCCGGCAGAAGAGGACAAGCGGAACUUGGACCUCCUCGUGGGCGAGAUGAAGGCUGCCUUUGACCUUCAGGGUCUUAUUCUCAGCUUGGCGAUCUUCCCGGAGUACGACCGGGUUGAUUUGGGCUAUGAUAUUCCGUUCCUGUCUGAAAAUGCGGAUUUCCUCAGUGCCAUUGCCUAUGAUUACCAUUCGUACUACAAUGGCCAUGAAUUCACGGCUCACGAGGCCCCCAUCUUCCGGAUCAAUGAAGAAGAAAACGUCUUGCACCCUGGAUAUGGCCUCAAUGUGUAUGACGGGAUUCGAUAUCUUCUACAGAAGGGUGGCGAUCCAACCAAGCUGGUCAUGGGUAUUCCGGCUUAUGGCAAUGGCUUCAUGUUAGAAGACGCUUCCAAUAACGGCCUUUAUUGUCCUGCCGCUGGUGCAAUCAAUCCCGGCCCAAUCAUGCACUCCAGUGGCUCUUGGAGCUUCCAGGAGAUCCUCAAGAUCCAACAGGAUGAUGCCCUCACGUACUUGCCGGGUGCCACUCCCAUGGCUUGGUCCAUUCAGCGAGAUGACUGCCAACGAGUUCCCUACAUGAUCAACGGCAAGUAUUGGAUUGGCUACGAGGAUGUCCAAUCCGUUGGUUUGAAGGCCCAAAUGGCCAAUGCCUUGAACCUCGGUGGAGUGAUGGUGUUCUCCUUGGACCAAGACGACUACAGUGGAGCUUUUUCCGAUUCGCCAUAUCCUCUCUUGCGAGAAAUCAACACCCAAUUGGCUUCCGGAAACGCCUUUGAUCCCACUGAUGAGACUUGUGGUGAUGAACCUGCUCCUGUUUGUGAAAUCUAGGUUAGCCACGGAUCCUUGAGUUGCGAGUACGUGUUAGUGGGAAUAAACCAAUCUUGAUACAUGGAGCCA